AUGUUGCGGGGCUCGCGCUUCAGCCGCGACAGCGGCGACUUGAAGACCCCUUUUCUCGCUGGCAAGGAGCGCGAGCUUCUGGAGUCUAAAAAGUGGCCCGCCUGUUUUUCAAAAUCCGUCGACAUCACCAAGGUUCAAAUAGACGCGUUCAAACCGUGGAUAACUCGCCGAGUUACCGAGCUGAUGGGCGUCGAGGACGAGAUUGUCGUUGACUACUGCCUGAGCCAGCUGAAGUUUUUCGGAGAGACGGAUGCGAAGGCCAAUGCGGAGAAUGCCGGCGAUGGUGGCAGGUGCCUCAACGAGAAGCCGUACCUUGACCCCAAGAAGCUUCAGAUCAACCUAACGGGCUUCAUGGCCAAGAACGCCCGCAUUUUCGUGAAGGAAUUGUGGGAUCUGCUCUUGGCUGCCCAGGAUAGCGAAUACGGCAUCCCCCAGGUCUUCAUCGAUGAGAAAAAGCGUGAGAUCGCGGCGAUUCAGGGAGCCGCAAACGAAGUAGAAGACACGCUAAGGCAAAUGGGUUCCUCACUCCCCGCAUCCAACCAUACAGAGCGUGAUUCCAACUCCGCUGCGGAAGGCGCGGUUCAGAAUACCAACGAGCCAUCGUCUGCCGUAGGUGUGGGCGGUGAGGCCGAAUCGGGUCCAAGCGAACAUCGGGAAUCACAUCGCCAAAGCCUGCAAAGCAAAAGGAGCGCUGGAAGGUCGUGGUACGAAACUCGGAAACGCGCAAACCGUCGUGCCAAAUACCCCGCCCGCCGCCACGACGACUCUAUUCGCGAUCGUGGUCAUCGUCGUCGGCACCUCGCCACGGCCGUCGUCGGCCAUACUCCAGCGUGUCUAGUGAUUCCCCCAGUCCCUCAGAGUUUUCCUUGGACUCUCGUGCUUCGCGCUCUGUAG